GCCGAAGACUGCAACGGCGCCUGCACCACGACCAGCGCCCGUCACCAGGCCCGCCAUGCCCCGUCCAGCAGCAACCCCCUGGGCGACUCUCGUCCGGGGCACCGCCCAGCGCCGUGCCCGGCCGACGCCUGCUGCGCGGCACAUCAACAUCACCGCCGCCAGUUCCUCGACCGAGCCGGCGCCCGACCACCCAGGCUCAGUGAGCCCGGCUGCCGCGCCGUCGCUCUCGCCAGAUGCGCGCUUCGAGGUGGUCGGCUCGCCGUUUUCGCUUCUUUCUGUCUCGCUCGCCGCCUCGCAGCAGCUCUAUACCCGCCGUGGAACCCUCGUGGGCUUCAGCGGCAACCCCGAAAACGCCCUUUCGACCCUUUCCUUUCUCGAGCCCUUCAGGCGCGCCCCCGUGGGCAUCCCCUUCCUCUACCAGAGGGUCUCCUCCACGAGCCCCGUCACGGCUCUCCUCUCCACCAAAUCGCCCAUAUCCUCGAUAGUAACAGUGCACCUCGAUGGCAGGCAGGACUGGAUCAUAUCGCAACGGCAAGCGCUGCUGGCGUGGACCGGCCAGACGCUGUCGCUGAAGCCGCAGUUCAAUGCGAAGCUGGGCCUCGCGCACUGGGGAAACACAUACAUCACCGGGCGGGGCCUGCUUGCGCUUGCCGGCAGCGGGCAGAUCUACCAGGUACAGCUCAAGGCUGGCGAGAGCUACGUGGCACACCCGAGCAACGUCGUCGCAUACACAGCCUCGGCAACCCCGCCGCUGCCGUUCCGCUUCAAGUCGUCGAGCCUGCGCUUCCAGGUCCCCGAUCUGGGCUUUGGUUCCCUGGCGCAGAAUGUGCGCUUCUUCAGAGAGAUGAGCAAGACGGCCGCAUGGAGGGCGACUGCUUCCGUAUACCACACUCUCAAAACAUGGUUGCGGCGGUCAAUAUGGGGCGAUCGGCUGUUCCUAAAGUUCGAAGGCCCCACCACAAUGCUCAUCUCCUCCCGCGCCUCGCGCAUCAGCGAUGCACUCACACUGAGAGACGUCAACGAGAUCGCAGACAGCCCGCCUGGCGCCGUCCAGGACGCCGUUUCCAAGAAGAUCGAGCAGGAAAUCAAGGACAUUGCCGACUCCAAGCCUGCGCCCAUCGCCCACUCUGACAACACGGUAGUGCGGUACGCGACUAUGCGCGCGGGGAAAGCCGAGUUCGACAAGCCGACUGAGAAGUCGACAUGAAUUCUAGGGCGAAAGACUGGGCGAGAUGGCGAAUCACCAGCACCAAGUUUGUAGCAUACUGUACGUCUUUGUACCAAUACCACCAUCCUAGCGGAUCUGCUGCCCUACUUACGUUUUCAAAUGAUGUGAUGUUGUCCUUGAAAAGGAUUGAUGAGAGC